AUGACAAGCAACCCGACUGCCUGCCUAGAUCACCGCUUCAAUCGUACCUAUCUGAUACGCUCCCCCGGCCACCUUCCUCACAACCUGACUGCCAUGGGAUGCAAAUCCGUAUGCAGCAACUGCCCCAAGAGCUUGCCUGGACAGCCAUGCUUGACACCCCUUGGCUUCAGAGGUUUCUCUGGAAGCACGAAGCCAGGCAAAGAGCUAUGCAAAGUGCUGACCAAAUUCUUAGAUAACUCCAAUAUCAACUCGCUUAUCUGUUUGAUGACUAAACCACCGUCGACGUUGCCUGAACACUUCCAGUUUGCGUUGACAUUAGGUAAUAUGUUGCAUAAAGGUAAAAGCUCCGGCGGUAAUGGCGUCAGUGCAGCAUUUAGAACAUCGAUCGAAAAUGCAUCCAUUCGCCUCUACGAGAAUCCUUUGGAGCUGACCGAUGCGCUUAGCGAUGCCUAUGGUAAUACGCAGGCUGAUCACAGACAUACCAGUCGGGAACCUAAACAUGCCCCGUUAUCCAGUCUCUCAAUGAAUCAGUCAUGUAUGCUUCCUAAGACCGACAAUAUUUUCUGUGGUCCCUACCUUCAAUCACUGUGCCACGAUUCCUAUUAUUCACUUGCGGAGAAGCAUUGUAACCUGUACUUGUCCUGGGCGAUAUACUUGCCGUGGCAAUUUUGGAAUUAUCUGAAAACCCUGUACGAUUCCUUUUGCGGCAUAUCCUGCCAGGACUGGGGCUGCAGUGGUUGCUUAAGAGGCGACAAAUGCAAGACGGGCAAACACGGAACGGACUACAACUGCAGAUGCUGGAGUGUCGUCAAAUGCCGCGGGGUGCAAAGCACUUUCUACAGUUACGGAUUCACAUUCGGCGACGCUAAGACAUUGUUGGACGAAAAUGAACUGAGGUAUUGCCACGAUUUCUGCAAACAACUUGAGAAUAUUCUCAAUUCACAAUUUUUCAAGGACCUCCUCCAAAAGUGCGACGAAUUCAUUUUCACCAUCCGCGCACCGUUCCUGUGGAUGACCGUAGCACUUUGGUCACUAUCCCUCUUCUACCUCAUCUGCGUAAUGGUUGGCAGACUGGAUGUGCUCCACAUACGCUCACACCUGAGGAUACCGUCGUCGCACAGGAUAACGGCGCAAUCACUGUUGGCGGCAGCGCAAGUCGGAAGGCUUGCCAAGAUAUCGUACCUACAACCAUAA